AUGGACUUACUUGGCCCCAUGGAGAUGACGGAGGGCUCCCUCUGCUCCUUCACAGCCGCCGAUGACUUCUACGAUGACCCGUGCUUCAACACGUCGGACAUGCACUUCUUCGAGGACCUGGACCCCCGGCUGGUGCACGUCGGGGGUCUGCUGAAGCCCGAGGAGCACCCGCACCACCACGGGCACCACCACGGGCACGAGGAGGAGCACGUCCGGGCGCCCAGCGGGCACCACCAGGCCGGCCGCUGCCUGCUGUGGGCCUGCAAGGCGUGCAAGAGGAAGACCACCAAUGCCGACCGCCGUAAGGCCGCCACCAUGAGGGAGCGCCGGCGGCUCAGCAAGGUCAACGAGGCCUUCGAGACCCUCAAGCGCUGCACCUCCACCAACCCCAACCAGCGCCUGCCCAAGGUGGAGAUCCUGCGCAACGCCAUCCGCUACAUCGAGAGCCUGCAGGCCCUGCUGCGUGAGCAGGAGGACGCUUAUUACCCGGUGCUGGAGCACUACAGCGGGGAAUCGGACGCCUCCAGCCCCCGCUCCAACUGCUCCGAUGGCAUGAUGGAGUACAGUGGGCCCCCCUGCAGCUCUCGCAGAAGGAACAGCUAUGACAGCAGCUACUACACAGAGUCCCCAAAUGAUCCAAAGCAUGGGAAGAGUUCUGUUGUUUCCAGUCUCGAUUGCCUCUCAAGCAUUGUAGAGAGGAUUUCCACAGAUAAUUCCACAUGCCCUAUACUGCCUCCAGUGGAAACUGUUGCUGAAGGGAGUCCCUGUUCCCCUCCAGAAGGAGUGAGUCUGAGUGAUGGUGGAGCCCAAAUUCCUUCCCCCACCAACUGCACCCCACUCCCCCAGGAUAGCAGCAGCAGCAACCCCAUCUACCAAGUGCUAUAA